UCCUAUUUGAGUGCUAUUAAGAGAAAAAUGCCUGAAAAAAAGGAUGAUUGUUUCAUAGAUUUAAAUAAAGCAUCUAUGCAGUUACCAAUCUCAUAAAAGUUAUAGCGAAUCGAAAGAGCGGUAAUCUUAUGUGACCUUCGUGGCGCGUUCGGUCAGUUCGUUGAGCUCUGUCAACUAUGUCAAUCGAUUCUCAGGGUAAUGAAGUCGGGAAACUGUUUGUCGGAGGGCUUCACCAGUCAACAACUAAUGACUCCCUCAAAUUAUACUUUUCGAAGUUUGGUGAUAUUGAAGAGUCAACUGUAAUGAUGGACAACAAGACAGGUCGAUCACGAGGCUUUGGAUAUGUUAAGUUUAAGAAUGAUGAGUCUGUAGAUUGGGUCUUAAGACAAAAACCGCACUUGAUUGACCUUAAGGAAGUUGAUCCCAAAAGAUGCAAUGUUAAUAUGAAAGGCAAAAAUCGGCGAAGUCUCAAGGUUUUUGUGGGAGGAAUUGCCUUUGAUCAUGACGAAAACAUAAUUAGGAACUUUUUCUCCAGCUAUGGAAGGGUUACUGACGUUAACUUACUUGCUGGUCAAACCAAGCAGCGACAUAGAGGUUUUGCGUUUGUUGGAUUCGAAGAUGAAGAAGUGGUUAAAAAUCUCAUCAGACUCCACUACUUGAAUUUGAAUGGAAAACAAGUUGAAAUAAAGGCGAUGAAACCUCCAAACACUCAGAAACCUGAAUACCAGACUUCCCCAAAUGUGGUUACUACUGUGCAAGGCAAUGGGCGGCCUGUUCGUGGUCAGAAAAAGCAGUAUGGUCCCCCUCAGUCCAAUGGUUCCUGUGCAACCUGGAGUCAUUGGCCCGGUAAUUGGGGUUCUCAUGGACAACCUCAGGCUUGGCCUCCUCUAGCCUGGACCAAUUCAAAUGCUAAUACUCCUCAUAAUGGCCAGACUGCUGUUGGUCCUGGACCCCCGAUGCAUAACAUUGGUACUGCACUAGGAAGUUGGCCGGAUCAGUCCAUCAAUUCUACAAAUGGUUGGAUGCCUGCGGCUUGGGGCCAUCAGAUAGCUGCACCUACGACAGUAAAUCGAAUUCACUCCUUAAACGAAGAUUCAUUGUACAAUCAGCAGUCUGCACAUAAGCCCCAACCUGGUUGGGAUUCAAUUUGUUUAACUCCACUUGCGACUGUGCCUGGUUCUGCACAUAAUUCUCUUGACCCACUAGUUAAUUCAAUCGAUUCUUGGAACCACUCAGCAGCAGCAGGUCUUUGUCAACUGGCUCCACCCUCUUUGAGUUCAAGUUUAGCCUUGGGUGCUCCAUCAGUUGUUCCUACUGGUUGGAAUCAUGGUAAUGCUGUCUCUCGAUCUAUAAAUAAUCAGUGGACUGGACCCAAUUAUUCAGUUAUACCAGGUCCUAGACCAACCAACCACUUGGCAGCCGGUUACAUCAACGAUGCGCUUCCCACCCACCAAAAUGGAGCUUCUAUGUCUGCAAUGGCGACGGCUGCUGCUAUUGGCCUUGGAAAUUCUCCAGGUUGCGCGCAAAUACCCCACUGGUCAUCCACUGGUUCUGUAGAUCCAGGCAAUUUAAAACUAAACGAGUCGUUGUACAGAACAUCAGCUGGCUGUAAUCUAUCUGCUCGUGGAGCUCCAAACCAGACUGCUUUAAAUUUAUCACAUCCAGGUACACUGGCUGCUGCGAAUGGCUUACUUUCCGGUGAUUGGUGUGCUAUGGCAACUAAUAACGUCGGCUCAACGCCGCGUGCUGCUGCAUCAAAUGCCAAUUUUCGUCUACCAAUAUCGCACAUGUGCAAGCGAUAAGAAAAAAAUAUCGGGAGGAAAACGAAUACAUCGUGGACAAACAUCACUUUCUGUGUUUUGUGUUUUUUGUUUCUAUGCAUUGUUCUAGCUUUUUUUCCUGUACAUUGUUACAUCACACUAUAUUUAUUUAUCGUUGAAAGGAGUAAAAUAUGGCUUAGUGCAUUCAGAAUGUUCUCCCAGUGAAUUUAUUGGAUGCAUCACUUUUGUAUUACCCUAGCAAUUAUAGUUACUAUUGUUAUUACCAUUAUUAUUACUAAUACUACUACUGUGACUAUUAUGCAAUUUCAGUAAUUUACAGCCAUUUUUCUUCGGCAUCAUCAUUUCUAUUGUGUUUUGACGCUUCCAGAAUUUGUCUUGUUAAUUUUGGUUACAUGUGAUUGUGAAUGUGGGUGCAUGUUCAACCGCAUUCACCAACUCGAUCUCAUUUGGCUAGUUCAUUUUGUUGCAGGAUUAUUGCUAUCAUUACUAUCACUUAUAUUGUGUCUCAGUUCACUACUGUUAUUUUUCAUUAUUACCAUCUCUAAUACUAUAAUGAUAGUAUAUGUACAACUUUUAACACGCUAUCUAUUUUCUCAUUUUCUAUUCUUAUAUAAUUAGUACAACUCUUAAGUGUCUUCCGUACGGUCAAAAUAAAGUCUUGCGUUAUCCUUUUGCAUGGAGAAAAUGAAGGAAAUGUUGUUCUUGUUGUUAAUGUUUCGAUCUCACUAUACUUCACUGUUCUGACGCAAAAAUUCUUUUCCUCUAUCAUCCUCUUUUUAUUUUUCAUCUUAACACUUUGAACUUUCUCGCCCCCCUCCGCCACUCAUGUUUACGUUGUAUUUUAUGGUUUACGUAGUAGUUCCGAGUAUGUUUUUGUUUGUGUACAGCAGUAUUUCGCAUAUUUCAUGUGCUGUGAUUAUUUCAUUUUUUUUUUUUUUUGGAGAGUUUGAUUUUGUUGAACAGCCAGAUUAUGUGUGCACUUGUGAACUUUCCAUCUGUGACUGUUGGUCUUAGUACGGUUACUUUGCCUAAAUUAUUCGUUUACAUUUUUGGACUGACAUUACUAGUAGUACUAAUACUAUUCGUAUUGACAAUAAUGAUAUAACAACAGCUUUCCAGACGUAUUACUGUUCCACAUUUGUGUGUAAUUGUGUGACACUCGACCAUCAUUCAAAUUAUAUAUGUUAUCUUCGAGUUGUUUUUUUAUUGUAGUAGUUAUUGUUUGCUUACUAGCCUAUUUAUUUGCUUGCUUAUUAUUUGCUUAUUUAUUUAUGCUUGACUAUUUAUUUGUUGAUCUUUUUGUUAAUGUGAAAGUGACUCAUUUUUGUCAUUACUUAUUUAUAUGCUAAAAUGACUGAAUGCUUUAAUGACAUCAUGAACUUUCAUAGUGCAUUGUCCAAUCGUCAUUAUUAUUACUAUUGUUACUACUACUAUUAUUAUUACUGUUACUAUUACUAUUACUGACACUUAUCAACGUAGUAUAAUGUUCUGUUGGGUUUCGUUCUUCUUGUUCUCUUUUGAUGCUAUUAAGGGUGUAUCAGGUGUGCGGAUGUAUAUAUGUUUAUCUAACGAGUCAGGUUAAAUGAAUGUUAGUGAUAAUUAUAUAUUCAUCACAAUUUAAAUCUAACUAAUCUCAGUCUAACCGUAUGAUUAAAAGUUUGCGAAUCUAAAACCCGGCGCAAAACACAGCUGACUGUUAAUGGUUAGAAGUUGUAGUGGGA